AUGACACUAACAUUCUUUAAAGUGCGAGGUUUUGCUACCGCUACACGGCUAUUCAAGCCUUUCAAAGUUGCUGUCAUUGGCACCGGUCCUGGCGGAUUUUACACGGCGCAUCAUUUACUCAAUAAAUCAAGCCCUGAUAAACGGAUUCACCUCGAUUUUUUUGAGAAGCUUCCCACGCCGUUCGGCUUGAGUAGAUAUGGUGUUGCUCCCGAUCACCCUGAAGUUAAAAAUUGUGAAGAAUUCAUGACGGAUAUAAUGGCUGACUUUCAGUCAUCGGAAAGACAUCGUGUCAGAUUCAUCGGUAAUGUUGAGAUAGGCAAGGAUAUUGAGUUGAAAGAGUUGGAGAAAAACUACAAUGCAAUUGUACUAGCAUAUGGGUGUACUUCAGCUGAUAAUAAGUUAAAUGUUCCUGGUACGGAUCAACCCGGGGUGAUUUCAGCUCGACAGUUUGUCAAUUGGUACAAUGGCCACCCAGAUUGCUAUAGCUCAAAAAAUCCAUAUACGCCACCUCCUUUGAAUAAAAUAGAAGAUGUUACAAUUAUUGGAAAUGGGAAUGUGGCGUUAGAUGUUGCUCGUAUACUAUUGGCUGACCCAAUACAACACUGGCACGCGACAGAUAUUUCGGUGGAGGCGGAGGCCUUGUUGGAAAAGAGUACUGUCAAGAAUGUCAAUAUCGUCGCCAGACGGGGCAUACUAGAGUCCGCGUUCUCAAAUAAAGAAAUCAGGGAGUUGUUUGAAUUGAAAGAUGCCAAAUUUGAGCCACUAGAUGAAGGCUUAUUGGACAGUGUUGCCACAAAGAAAUUGGGUAGAGUGGAGAAACGUAGGGUGUCGCUACUUGAAAAAUACAACAAACGUAUAGGCUCGGAAGGCCUGUCUAAACGUAAGUGGACAUUACGAUACCUACUUUCGCCAGUUGAAUUCUUAUCCAGUGAUGAAGGAAUCAAAGCAACCAAGUUUGUCAAGAAUGAACCUAUUAAUGACCCACUCCUUCCAGGAAGAGUGAAAGCUACUGAUGAAUCUGUGGAAAUCAAGAAUGAACUCGUCAUUCUAUCAAUCGGGUACCAAGGGACCUCAAUCAAAGGAUUUGAAGAGGCUGGGGUUUGGUUUGAAGAUAACAAAUUACACAAUAGAGGAGGUCGAGUACUUUCUCGAGAAUCCAAAGGGGAAAAUAAAGAAAACUUGACAUACAAGACUGGAUGGUACACUUCUGGCUGGAUAAAGAACGGUCCUAAGGGAGUCAUUGCUGUGACAAUGAUGGACUCAUUUGACACUGCUGCUAAUAUUCUUGAGGACUUGACCAACGGCAAUUACAUCAAAGUUGAUGAAGCUAAAGAUAUUACCGAAUCCGACGUUUUCAAAUCGCUUCAGGAUGUUGUGUAUUGGGAUAAUUGGGAGAAACUAAACAACUACGAACUAAGAAAAGGUAAAAAGUUGGACAAGAGCCGUUUCAAAGUAUGUAAUAAAAACGACAUGAUAGAGAUUUGUAAAUAG